AUGGAGAUAUAAUGGCAAAUAAUUUAGAAUAGUAGCAUGUCUUGUCGAUAAUCUUAUAAAAAAAGUUGGUAUAGAUAGAUUAUUAAGAAAUAUUAGUUCAUACAUUCGAAAUCAUCAUUAAUCAUCAGAUUUCUCAAAUUUCCAAAAUAAAUUAGGUGGAACAUAAUCACUUUAUAAUGAUAUUAAAAGGCAUGAAAAUCAAAACACCCAACCAAAAAUAUGUAUUCAGUAUGAAAGUAAUUUGGAAAAAAAUAGAGAAAAAAUAUAAGAAAUAAAAUAAUUGAUCACAACUUCAAAAAGAUCUAAUCCAUUACCAAUAAAGAUUAAAAAUAAGUAGGAAAGCAUAAAAGAGUCUAAAAUAAGAAUUGAAAUACCUAAACCCAUUCGAAAUAUUAAUAAUUUUUCUCAAGAUAGUAGAGAAUCAACUACAACCAGUUAAACAACUCCAUUAAGAAGUUCUAGUCACGAGAAAUAACUUAGUUAUAUGUAGAUGUCUAAAAAUUAUAAAUCUCCAUUAAAUAGAUUUAAAAAGAUCAAAUAUUUAGGAAGAGGCAACAUAAGUGAUGUUUAUUCUGUAAUGUAAAAAUUAAAUUUAAAUUUUGGUUAGUGACACAACAACUGGAAUGAUAGCUGCUCUUAAGACUAUAUAAAAGUCAUUAAUCACUAGUAAAGGUAUUUAGGGAUUGAUAAAAACUGAAAUUGCAAUUUAAAGUUUUAUAAGGCAUUAAAAUAUCUUAAAGUGUUAUGGAAUUAUAAAUGAUGAUAAAUAAGUAUAAAAAAUAGUUAUCAAAGAUUGCAUUAGUAUUGGAAUUAGGAGAGAUAACAUUAUUUAAUUAUAGGAAAGAAAAAAAGUUAUCUGAAAAAUAAAUAAUUGAUAUAAUUUAUUAAGUUUUGUAAGGAGUUAGUUAUUUGCAUUAGAAUGGAAUUAUUCAUAGAGAUAUUAAACCAGAAAAUAUUUUAUUUUAAAAUGGAAUAGUGAAAUUAGCAGAUUUAGGAAUUUGUGUAAAGGCUGUUGAAACAAAUUAAUAUUGUGGAACUCCUGGUUAUAUGGCUCCAGAAAUUGUUGAAAAUUUGAAAUAUACUAAUAAAGUUGAUUGUUACAGUAUUGGAGUUCUACUACAUGAAUUAAUGUUUGGAAAACUUCCAAAAUUUGGUUAAAAAAUUAAUGGUGAUACAUAACUUAUUAAUUUAAUGAACUAACUUUUAGAAUUAAAUCCAAAGAAUCGUUUGAGUUGCAAAUAAGCAUUAGAAUAUGAUUUAUUCAAGCUUUGCGAAAGAAAAGUUUAGAAAUAAACAGAAAUGAUAAAGAACACAAUUUUAUGGGAUUGUUGA